AUGUUGACAGAUACAGAGGUGCUUGUAGACCAGUGGCACCAGGUCUUAGGAUACAAUGGUUACCUGCCCGCGGGCGAGAGGGGUCGCCGCCGGAGCAAGUUCGUUUUAUACCGACGGCCGGCGGCGAACGGCGUUCGGCGGUCGAAGCACUACGUGGUCAAGACUCCGCACAGCAGCAAGGCGAUCCUGGACGCCAGCCAGCACUCAAUCUCUUACACACUCAGCCGCAGUCAGGCUGUCAUCGUGGAGUACACGGAAGACCCCGAUACCGAUAUGUUCCAGAUCGGUAGAUCGUCAGAGUCGCCGAUCGACUUCGUGGUGAUGGACACGGUGGCGGGCGACAAGACUGGCGACACCAAAGUGCUUCAAAGCACGAUAUCGCGGUUCGCGUGCCGCAUCAUAGCUGACCGAAACGACGUCAACAACUGCCGCAUUUAUGCAGCAGGCUUCGACUCCUCCAGGAACAUAUUUCUUGGCGAGAAAGCGACAAAAUGGACAGAGAACCACGAGAUCGACGGUCUGACGACGAACGGCGUUCUGAUCAUGCACCCGCGUGGCGACUUCUGCGGCGGCAGCGCCACGUGCGGGCCGUGGCGCGAGACCUCCGUGGGAGGGGCCGUGUUCUCGCUCAGGGAGAGCCGGUCGGCGCAACAGAAGGGUCUGCCUUGCCAAGCAGAGACAAAUGUACUGCGAGAUGGUACAAUGAUCGACUUGUGCGGGGCCACUCUACUAUGGAGAAGUGCGGAGGGACUCAAAAAUUCACCGACAAAACGCGACCUUGAGGCGUUGGUGGACGAACUAAACGCGGGCCGGCCGCAGUGCCCCGUGGGGCUCAAUACGCUCGUCAUCCCCCGCAAGCUGUCCACCGCGCAACAGGACCUCAACCAGCCUUACGUCUACCUCAACUGCGGGCACGUGCAAGGUACAGCUCAUACUGAGGCUCCUUGUAGCCAAAGAGUUCAUGUAACUCCCAUUAUUCCUGUGAGGUUGGAAGAGACCACCAUACUCCUCAACACGCUGGUCAUCCCGCGCAAGCUGUCCACCGCGCAACAGGACCUCAACCAGCCCUACGUCUACCUCAACUGCGGGCACGUGCAAGGCGAGCACUCGUGGGGCGCGGACGGCAGCGAGGCGGGCACGCGGCGCUGCCCCAUGUGCAUGACGGCGGGGCCCGUGGUCCGCGUCUGCAUGGGCAUCGAGCCCGCCUUCUACGUGGACGCCGGCCCGCCCACCUACGCCUUCAACCCGUGCGGACACAUGGCCUCCGAGCGGACCGUCAAGUACUGGGCAGGCGUGGACAUCCCGCACGGCACCAACGGCUUCCACGCCAUCUGCCCGUUCUGCGCCGCGCCGCUCGAGGGCUCGCCCGGCUACGUGCGCCUCAUCUUCCAGGACAACCUCGACUGAGUGCAGGUGCACAGUACUUGGAGUGCGUUCAAAAGCAUUCACCCCGGCGGCGUCCGAUGCGAAUCUCAACACGCGUGCAGCGCGACCGACACUCGACACACAGUACGAAGCUACAGCGAUCCGACCACUAACGUGAGACAUACACUUUUGUUACGGUCUUUAUGACCUUUCGGGGCUAUAUCUUAAACACUGCUAGCUAACAGACAAAGUAAAAAAGUUUGCUGUGAAGAAUAUAAUCUGUAGGUAAUGUCGAAAACGCAAACAAAAGCGACUAUUUUCACGUAAACGGUGUAACUACGCUAUUUAUCCUAUUUUAAAGGGCCAUAAAGACAUAAGUUAUGACGCCUCGGGCCUCGAUAUACAUUAUUUAUUCAGAUGUUAAUAAAUAGAAUUGAUUUUAUAUAAGCUUAGCAUCCAGCUUACGGCCCGAGGUUAACGCCCGUAUUCACAAACGAUGCUUGCUUAAGUGAAGCAUCAAAUGAGCGAACGAAUAGAGCUCUGUGAUUGCUUCGUGUGUGACCCUGUGUCCACGCGCACUAUGAGACCUCAUAGUAAUGUUUGUGAAUGCGGGCGUAAGUUUAGUGUGGCUCUUGUAAUUUGUAUAUGUGUGGCUCUGGUAUAAACCUGGCAUGGCUAGUUUGUCAGAAGUGGGUUUAAUAGUUUGAAGAAUAUGACAUUGUCUUUUUUCAAUACAUCCUACUGUGAGAAAAGGACAUUCACAUUUAACCGUUAGAUGACUCGUUUUCCAAAACAAUUUUGCUUUCGCGUCGUAUUGUUUGUCGACUGUCUUUAAUUCAACCUGUAUGCCUUUACUUUGGCUAUUAAUAGACAAUUAUUUUCCUCCACACCUAUCUUCGUAAUGGAAUGUAACGGAAUGUUAUUAAUGUGUUUUUAUGAGGUGUAUUGUAACGCGCAGAAUUUGUGUUAAUGUGUUACGGUGUCUGUAUCUUUAUAAUAAGGUAUUUUAACGAAUUCAGUUAACGAAUAGGUAUUUAUUUGUGCUGGGCCACGGAUAAGUUCGCUAGGUUUUAUGUAACAAAUUCACGAUUGCUACAAUAGAGUUGGAAAGAUUUUUUAUAAUUAAAAUGACGUAGUAGAAACAACUACAGAAUCUAAACGCGCCAAUGCGAACAUCCAUGGCCUAGAAGAUUGACAGAUAAAUAAUAUGUUAACGAAAAAAGGAGAAAUGCGAAAAAAUAUUUAAAGCUUUGUACAUUGCUGUGUUGAUUUCUAAUUUUAAUGUAACUGUUAAAGAUCAGAUCAAUGAACGCUCUAAAUAAUGAUUGAAAAGUUCCCCUUUUUUAAUGUUUUCUUCCUAAUAUUUAAAACAUCUUUCACUCUCAAUCUAAAUAUCAAUUCGUUUUUAUUCAUAGAAGUAUGCACUUUUGAGUGCUAAAUAACUUUUCACGUUGACUAAACAUAUUUACAAAUGAAAUAUUUGUGCAAGUGAAUUGUAAAUAUGAAUAUUGAAUAUGUUUAUGUGUAAUUUUAAGUAAUUUAUGUUGGGUUUCCUUGAAUGUGUGGAAUGCUUGAUGUAAGGAGCCUUAGUUUGUAUUGUAUGGCGCAUUGAUUAGCGCGACUUUUAUUAAUGGUAAACAUUUUUGAUUUUUGCGUAUUGUAAACUAAGUUAAUUUCCUGAUCGGUACGUUACCGUAUCCUAACCGAAUCGGUACAGAUUCUAUACUGAGCGCGUAUAAUGUUUCCCGACUUGCGCGGUGCGAAAGCGGGAUGAUACGGUACCGAUAAUAUCAGGAAGUGUCCUAAGAAAAAUUUAAGUUCCUUGAACGUUUAAGAUGCUUUCAUUCUGACCAUUCCUGAUGUCAGGAAUAUGAUCAACGCUCGAGGAACGUUAGAAGAUGGAUUGCCAUUCUGAUUGGCAAUGAUGUUAAAAUAUAACAACAUGCAGACAGUGUUUGCACAUGUGUAAAGCGAGUUUGUAUUACCGUAACGGUAAUUAUUAUUGUAAAUGAAAUAUUUAAUGAUGCUUUGUUCAGUAAUUAGGCAGACAAACAUUAUCUCAUGUUAAUCGACAAUUCACCGCGCGUGAUAUAACAUGCCAUGUAAUUUAAGCCUACAAUUUUUUCACUCUUUACUUUUUACCACAAAAAGUAAUGUUGCCUCGUAUUUUGUAAACAAACAGAAUUGUUUUGAAUUUGUGUGUCCUAAGAUUUUGAUCAGUUCGAAGUUUUAUAACGUUGAAUAUUUAAAGUUUUUAAAACAAAGUUCCGACUCAUAUCCAGUUUCAGUAUACAAUUAAGCCAAGUGUUCACAAGGGGACAAAUGUUGCAAAACACGUAUAGCUAGAUAUUUUGUAGUUGUGCAACCUUGCUUGGUGUCUUCUUACGUGCAAAUUAUUGUCUCUUAAAAAUUGACAGUCGCCAGAUGUCGCUCGUCAUAUCUAGCGACACGACGUGUCUCGAAACGUUUGUCCCUAGUGAAUCCAUGGCUUUACAGAUCGUCGGUGGCAGUUAACAUCUUGCAGUCUCUUUAAAAAAACAAAUGACUUAAAUAAAAAGAAAAAGACUAGAUGUUAAUUGCCAACGACUACAUUAAUCGUUGAAAUAAGAAACCUGUGAUUAGUGAAAUGAUAACAAACUUCUAAGUAGACCUAAGCGUCAAGUAGCGGUAUGUGAUAAGACUCAUAGUUGUCGAUCUCAGAGCAGCUUUUCGUAAUAUGACAGAAUAAGCCCGCUAACUACACAUACAACGUUUUAAAUACUACAAAAACUUUAAAAAUACAUGCAUUACGAUGUAAAAAACUAAAAGAAAAACGUUGAAUGUGUAGCGGACAGGCAUUUCGGUAACCUCGGGGGCAUAUUGUAUAAAUAAUGUAAGUUAUUAGGCGUAGCAAUCGUUAGCUUACGACCUAUGAAAAUUUAGUUUUUGUACAAUUUGAAUUCACUAGUUAGUGAUACCACGUAAAGUUAACGCCUUUGAGACGACAAAUCGCGGGACAAAUGUAACGAUUUAUUAUUCAUGUGUUGUCUUAACGAGAACUAUUAAUUGAAUUACUAAAUGCAAAUAAUUGCACAUAGCAUUAUACUUGUUUUAGACUAGAUUUGGUAAAAAAAAUGCUUAUUUAAAGAGUCUAUAGUAAGUGGUUAUAUCAAUGUAGGUAUUUUAACAGCCUUUUAGCAUUGGUUUAUGUAUCGACAUGGCUACAUAAAGUAGAUGAGUUACAAAAGAUUGCGUUACAGUGAGCUGAUAUAGGUUAUGCAUGCAGGGUGAAUAAAGGUUAAUAAUAAAGUCGUGUGACGUACGCGGGGCGUGGCACAAACAGUCAGCGUCAAAUAGCUUAGUUCGUGACGCCCAAAGUAGCCAAAAAGUUCGCAACACGUCUGUUGCAUUCGAAUAAAGUUGUGUUUUCAACUUUUUGCCUACUUUGGGUGUCACGAACUAUUGGAGGCUGACUGUACGUGUGUAUUUGUAGAUUCUAGAGAGGUUCGUUCAUGUACUAACCACUACGUAUAAUACAAAUAUCGCGCCUCUCAUACGCCAUGUGUCUAUAAGGUUCAGACAAUAAAAUGGUUAAUUUUUACAGAUAUUGAAACAUUUGUACGCAUCAAACAAGAUGCGAUCGAUCUUAUGUACCAGAUUUUAACAUUUCGUCGACUGUCACAAUUCCAUUAUUCACCCUGUAUUUUAUAGUAUAGACGUCUACAUUUGUGUAGCAUUGUGUGAAUGAAAUGUGUUGUAAAAAUUAUUUGCACUAAAUACAUGUUUCGAUAUAUUUAGCAUUAUUUUUCAUUAGAACGAAGCAGUUACGUUGAAAAGUAGUGAUGCUUUUGCGAUAAAAGUUUUACACUUCCCUCUUGAGAUGAGUGUAAUCAAUCUAACUGGAUAUUUGUGAGCUCCGAUCUUGAGUAUCGAUAAAUACAAUAGUGCAAACGAUAUACAGACGAGUGUAUCAUUCGAAUACAUGGGUUUCGUUUUGUACGAGCAAAUUCCAACUCCAGAGAGAAGUGUAAAACAUGUUCUAACAUUAUUAGUGGUAAUAAGAACUGAAUUCUAGCCUUAAUUUUAUUUAUGAUAAGUGCUAGGAUAAUAAAUCGCUCUUUUGAGUUAGAAAAUUGA